UUUAUACAUCUAUAUAGUUUAUAUCGUAAAUUGACGUUCGUAGAAAGUGUAACAACCGCGGAAAGAGAACAGUGCCUUUCAAAUGGUGGUACAUAAAGUUAACGACAUGUUUAAGGCGAACACUGUUUGUAGAUCAUCGCACAGUAAUACGAAGUAUCAGAGAAAUUCGAAAUCCGCGGAUCAAGUAUGCUCGAGUUCGCAAAAAAAUGUGUGCACCAGCGCCAGCCAAUGCAAACAAAAUUAUUCGAAACAUUGCUGUUCUUCGUGCACUGGAAGACAGUUGGAUGAGAGAGGAGUUAAAAGUAGAGGGGGAAGAAUGAAAGUGAUUCCUAAGAAAAGGAUACCACCUCAAAAAAUUCUAACAAGGAAAGAAUAUAAUGAAUUUCGAGAAUGCGGUAGUCUUAUGACAAAGGAGGAACAAAUAGCUGCUUUUCAAGCAGAGAAAGAAGAAAGGCAAAGACUGUUAAAGGAAAGCAUGGAGAGAAAAGAAGAAUUUCGUAGAAUCGAUAUGCAACAGCCUCGAGAAAAAUGUCCGGAAUUGGUUGAAAUUGAAGAGGAAGCUAGGAAAAGAACGAAGCAUAUUCUCGAGAGAGCGCAAAAUAUGAAACUCGAGCAAGAAGAAGAAAUUCAGAAAUGCAACAAAAUUAUUUUAGAAACUAAGUGUCGUGCCAUUCGAGAUGCACAGAUAGCAGAGAAGAAAUUGGUCGAACUUGAGUUGGAGGAAGAGGAAAAACGUCUGAAUGAUAUGAUGGAAAAUGAGAGAAGGUGGGCAAUCAAAGAGGAACUUAAGAAAGAAGAGGAAGAAGCCGCGCGGAAACUAGAAUUCGCGAAUAGAUUAAAAGAUCAGAUAAGGGAGAACGAGGAGAAUAGAAUGUUGGAAUUUGCGAGGAAGCAAGAAGAAAGCAGAUUAAUUAAUUUAAGUAAUGUUGCUUGGCAGCAAGAUGAAAUUGCAAAAUUACAUAACAGGGAAUCGGAAAAUGCACGAAUUCGACAGGAAAUUGCCGAAGGAAACGAGCAGUUGAAACAUUUUAAGGCUAUGGAAGAACAGGAAAAUAAAAUCAUCGAUCUUAGAAUCCAGGAGUAUCAACGACAGAAGGAGGAAAGAGAAAAAAAAUUGGCGGAAGAACGAAGAUUGGAAAAAUUAGUAAAGGAAGGGGAGAAAUCGAGAGUGGCGACUCAAGCGAUACAAUUCAAGAAUAUUCAAUCGCGUAUCGAUGAAUUGAACGCUGCGCGAAUUCAAGAGGAAGUAGAACGGGAGUGGAGACGAAAGGAAAAGGAAGAGGCAAUGAAAAGAGCGGAAGCUCAACAAUCUCUCAUAGACGAACGAGAAAGACAAAUAAAUAAUAAGCGAGUAAUGCAGGCGAUCGAGUUAGAACGAGAGCGACGCGAGUUCGAGAAAAUUGUUCGCGUUCAGAAGGAAGCUUUUUGUAGAGAUCAAAAAGAACUCGAAAGGAAACAACGACUAGCUUUAAUUCAUAGGAGCGAAAUAUUGAAACAGGUAAACGAGAAGGAAAAGGAACGCAUCGAGGCCAGGAAGAAAAUGUUCGAAGAAGGUCUGGCGAUUCGAACAGAAGCCGAAAUGCGUAAGAAGACAUUGCGCGAAGCAAUGCAGAAGAAGUGCGACGAAAUGAGACACAACAAAGUACCUGAAAUGUACAUUAACGAAGUAAAACGAAUGAUCGAAAAUAUACAAUGA